UUGUUCAUUUAUACGACAGACUGUAUUUGUCUUUAACAGUUAAUUCCUGAUUGUUAAUCAAAUUUGAUUUAAUUCUCUAUUCUCUGCAUCCACCCUUACUUUUCUCUCUCUCGAUCAUCUCUUGACUCUCUCUCUCUCACUCAUCUUUUCUCUCUCAUUCUCUCACUUAAUCUCUUCGCUCUCUUACCUGUUCAACUGUCCCUUUUAGUGCUCUAAUUAUUUAAAGUGUGAAAGUGUGAGCUUUAGAUGAUUAUCCUUUGCUCUCCUGUUAAUCCUAUUGUUAAUUUUAAAAAUCCUUUAACUCCUCUGUGUAACCAUAAAGUAACUAUAGUUACUACUAAAUUUCUAGUUCCUUUUUAUCUCCUGACUUUGUAUAGGGGAAGUAGUUACUUUGGUUACUCUUGAAAAAGCUUUAAAAACACUCUGUGUGUGUAUGUGUUUUCUUGUAAGUGUGGUAAGGAAAUGUAAAAGAAAAAAAAUCUAUUUGAACUUAACUUGCUGUACAAGUAGCUAUUUCCAGAUUUAACUUGGUUACAUGAUCCUGGUAAACCGUGUGGACCUUAUCUGAUUUUCACUUUUGCCUUGAAAGGAGAAACAAUCAUUUAAUCAACCAUUAUUAUUUUCACAUUGUUUUCUGACCUCCUCCCCCCAUCAAUCACAGUGACCCUCUUCAAACCUUACUACCAACUAAAGGUGAUGAAGCCAUGGCGUGUGUCAAUGUCAACCGUAGUCUCUCGGAUCAAUUCUACCGAUACAAAAUGCCUAAACUUUUGGCCAAAGUUGAGGGAAAAGGUAAUGGAAUCAAAACGGUUAUUGUCAACAUGGUCGACAUUGCCAAGUCUCUCAAUCGACCACCUAUGUACCCAACUAAAUACUUCGGCUGUGUUCUUGGUGCCCAAGUGAAUUAUGAUCCAAAGAACGAGCGUUACAUUGUUAAUGGCUCACAUGAAUCAAGCAAAUUGCAAGACCUUUUGGAUGGAUUUAUUCAAAAGUACGUUUUAUGUCCGUCAUGCCACAAUCCUGAGACUGUUCUUGGUGUUCUCACCAAGAAGAACACUAUUACCACCUCCUGUAAAGCUUGUGGUUAUAGUGGCCAUCUGAACAAUAAAGAUAAACUGACGACGUAUAUUCUGAAAAAUCCUCCCACGGCUGCAUCUGGUAACGGAGUCAGUGGUAAAGAGAGUAAGAAGAGUAAAAAAAGUAAAAAGGAAGAGAAAAAUGAUAAAAAACAUUCUCACGGAGAUUCACCUGGUGCUGCUGGUGAUUCUGAUGAAAAAGAUGAUGGAUUCGAAAAUUCUGGAAAUGGUAAUGAUGACGAUGAUGAUGAAACGUGGGGUGAGAACACCGAUCCUGAUGCCGUUGCUAAGCGAAUGAGUGAACUUACUUUGGGUGCCAAAAACCUAAUGAUGAAUGAAGAUUUAGAGAAAUCGCCCAAGGAACGAUUAGAUAUGUUCCUUGACUAUGUCAAGAUCAAAAAGGGCGAAUAUAACUGUGUAUUUGAUGCAAAUGCACAAAAGGAUAUUUUAGCUGAAGCUGAAAGACUCGAUAUCCGAGACAAGGCUGUUCUGGUUCUCUGUGAGUUGCUCUUCGAUGAAGAUUUUCUUCAACAAAUCAAAACGCAUCGAAUGCUUUUCCUACGUUUUACUGCUGGAAAUGUCAAAGCUCAAAGAUACUUAUUGCGGGGAUUUGAACAGGUUGUUCAACGCUCUAAAGCUGAAUUGCUACCCAAAGUAUCACGCAUCCUGAAAGCAUUUUAUGAUACUGAUAUUCUUGAUGAAAAGGUUAUCAUCGAUUGGGGCUUUAAGGCUUCUAAAAAGAUUGUUGGUGAAAAAUUAGCUAAAGAAAUUCACGAAAAGGCUCAACUAUUCUUGACUUGGUUGAAAGAAGCGGAGGAAGAGGAAAGUGAACCCGAUGAGGAAGAAGCCGAAAUUGAGGUUGUCUACGACGAUCGAGUUCGAGGCGGUGAAGUCCAAGUUGAGGUGGAGAAAUCUAAGCCUCCCGUUUUCGCAGUUGCAAAAGCCAUCAAAGAAGACAUUGAUAUCGAUAUUGAUGCAAUUUAAUUUGAAAAAUCUAAACCAACUAUCAAUUUAUCUCUUCUCCUCCUUUUUUCUUCUUCCAAUUGAAAUACGUUUUGUUUUCGUCAUCCUCUUUUCCCUAUUACCCUCCUUCUUUUGUCCUCUUUCUUUUUCUCUUAUCCCUUUCUGGCAACAUCUCGCAAUCAUGAUUCUUAUUAUUUCUACGCUUUAUAAUGUUUCGGAUUAAUCAACUAAAAAACAGUUACCACUCUUA